GGGAGGGAUGAGAGCCGAUGAGGGAGGAGCAGAGUCUCAGUGUGUGUUCUCCCUCUGGAGGAGGAAUCAGCAGCUGCAGGACAAUGGAGCGUCUCCACCUCGGAUCCUAACGGACACCGGACUGUUUCCAACCCGCGACACAAGGAGGUGACCGUCAAACAGCUCCAGGAUGCUGUCUUCCUCGUCCCUGCUGACCUGCCGUUCAUCAGGGGGCUUCUGAUUUACCAAACAUGAUGAAGACUGAGCGCCCGUCGGCCACGGGGGGCAACGGGGCGUCCGGUGGGAGCAGCGGGGGAAGCGGGAGCUCAAACCUGCGGAGUCCCUCACCCCAUCGCAACGCCUACGAGGCGGGGCUGGCGGCUCUGAAGAAGGCCACCGACCACCUCAACAAUGCCGCCAACGGGGGCUCUGACCCGGCCUCAAAGCCCGCCCCCUUGCCUCGCCCGACCGGGAGAGGCCGGAGAUAUGGAUCCAACGUUCACCGCAUCAAGAACAUGUUCAUGCAGAUGCAGUCGCCUGGUGACGAGGAGGAAGGAGCCAAAAUGAUCGGUAUAGACCAGACGGUGAAGCUGUCGCUGCCACGCGCCUCCAGCCUCAACGAGAACGUGGACCACAGCGCCCUGCUCAAACUCGGAGGCACGGUCUCGGAGAAGGUCAACCGGUUUGACCAUAAACCAGGUGGGGAAGGCGAGAGCUCCUCCGUGGGUUUCACCAAACUGCAGGAGACCAGGAGGAUCUUUGAGCAGCGGACUCUACAGGAGAAGCAAGCGGCCACGAACCGGAUCUUGCUGAAGAAGGAGCGGGCUUCGGGCUUCCAGGGCAGCCGUCUAGAUGUCGUGGCUCGCUUUAACGGCUCCACUGAGGCUCUGGACCGACUUGACGACCCGCCACCUUCCGCUCCACCUCCUACUCCGCCUCCACCUCCCACUCCACCUCCUACUCCACCUCCUACUCCCGCUCCACCUCCAUCUAGUAUUCCUGCCCCUGCAGCCUCAGUCGGGCCCGGUGACGCCGUCAGCCCCACCGUAAGCCAGCUCAGUGCCGUGUUCGAGAAGGUCGAGCCGCCAAGCAAUCCCACCCCCCCCCAGCGUCGGUCAGCACCUGCCCUGGCACCAAAGCCCAAACCUCCAGCAAGAGGAGAGGCUGUCGGCAGGAAGGUAAAGUCGUUGCCCCCUGGAAAGGAGGCCCCCGAGGAGAGGGCAGGAGACGCAGAGCGAUCGGAAGGGGCAGGUUCAGAAGGAGUGGUGACCAGCGAGGAGAAGGAUGGGUCCAGACAGUCAGGAGACCAGCUCUCCAGCUCCUCCACGUCCUCCUCGUCCUCAGCGGCUGUCGCAUCCUCCUCCUCUUCCUCCUCAGAGGCCAAACCAGGCGUGGAGGCGCAGCCAGCAGGGACUGAAGCCAGGGGCUCAAGUACGGCGGCUGCUCCAGACCGGGAGCCUCAAGCUGACGAUCUGGACGGGCCCGGCGAGGGGUCCGAGGCCGGAGCCAGGCUGGUGCAGGCGGAGGUUCACGCCUCAUUGGAAAAUGGAGAAAAAGAGCCUCCAGGUUCUUCUCCCUCCUCGAAGGAGCAAGGAGCGGACUUUGAGAGGAGGGGUGAGGAAGAGGAGGAGGAGGAAGAGGAGGAGAACGACGAUGAUGGCUCGAGGAAGGAGGAUUACUCGGAGGGGGAUCUGGUGGAUAUCAGUGCGUACAGCGGACUUGGGGAGGAGGACUCUGGGGGGAGCCAACUGGACGAUGAGGACGAGGAAGAUGAGGAGCCGUAUCAGCCGGAGACCAGUUGUUCUGAGAUCGCAGGCCUCCCCGAGGAAGAGGAGCCGGCUCCAUCCAAUAGGAAGAUUCAAUUUAGCAUUGAGCCAAUCAAGGUUUUCACCACCUACUCCAACGAGGACUACGACCGACGUAACGAUGACGUGGAUCCAAUGGCCGCCUCGGCCGAGUACGAGCUGGAGAAGAGAGUCGAGAAGCUGGAUCUAUUUCCUGUUGAGCUGGAGAAAGACAGCGAUGGCCUGGGCAUCAGUAUCAUAGGAAUGGGUGCAGGAGCUGACAUGGGCCUGGAGAAGCUGGGGAUCUUCGUCAAGACGGUGACAGAGGGCGGAGCCGCACAGAGGGACAACAGGAUCUUGGUGAACGAUCUGAUCGUGGAGGUCGAUGGAACCAGCCUGGUCGGCGUCACUCAGAGCUUCGCUGCCUCCGUCCUCCGCAACACCACCGGCACCGUCAGGUUUGUGAUUGGCCGGGAGAAGCCGGGCGAGCAGAGCGAGGUGGCCCAGCUGAUCCAGCAGACUCUGGAGCAGGAGAGGUGGCAGAGAGAGAUGAUGGAGCAGAGAUACAAACAGUACAUGGACGAGGAUGAAGAGACAGGUGAAUAUGCAACAGACGAGGAGGAGGAGAUGAGUCCAGUGUUUCCAAACUCCAUCGAGGUUUUCGACCUGGCGGAGAACCAGGACAUGAUGUCUCCUGAGGAAAUGGACCCUGAGAAGCUGGCCCACAAAUUCAAGGAGCUCCAGAUUAAACAUGCAGUAACGCAGGCGGAGAUCCAGCUGCUGAAGAGGAAGCUGGCUCACGCGGAGCAGGAUAAGUUGCGUUGGCGGAUGGAGCGAGCUCAGCUGGAGCAAAACAUCCGGGACAGCAAAGAGAGGAUGGAGAAGCUGGAGGGCUACUGGAUGGAGGCUCAGUCCCUGUGCAAGGCAGUGGAUGAACACCUAAAGGAAACCCAGUCUCAGUACCAAACCCUAGAGAGGAAGUACAGCAAAGCCAAGAGACUGAUCAAAGAGUACCAGCAGAAGGAGAUCGAGUACCUGAAGAAGGAGACAGCUCAGCGUCGGGCAGAAGAAGAGAGCGAGGCGACGCACAAAGAAGAGACGGACAACCUGCAGGAAAAGAUUUCAGACCUGGAGACCAAAGUGGAUGCUCUGAAGACGCCGCCCAAAACCUCCUAAACUGCUGCUGCUCGCUACCUCCUUCCUGUGAUGGAAGAGGAGGGUCUCUGCCUUCAUCCUGACCGGGACUGUAUUUCAUUCCAAUCAACCAUUUACUGCACAGACAGGGAACGACGACGGGGGGGGGGGGCGUGGAAAUGAAAGGACGACAACUGUAAGAGAGGAUGAGGAGGGCGACGCACGAAGAGGAAAGACGCAGCUUCUCAUCUGACAUCUGCCCGCAGCUUUGAGCUCAAUCAGUCAGUCACCAAUCCCAGAAUGCACCAUCAGUAUUACCCACAAUCCUCCUCGUGUGUCUACCUGGCAACCGGCUUGGCGAUCAACACAGAAAACCACAUUCAGCAGCUUGUGCUUAAUUUAUGGAUGAUGUUUUUUUUUCACGUCUCCUCAUCUCACCGGGCUCCAGUUCAAUUUAUUUUUAAAAAAGCGCUUUUAAUAAACAGGCUUGUCACAAAGUGCUUUAUACAGUGGCAGAGCAGGCGAACGAGGAGAAGAGGACGGAAGGAGAAGAGGACGGAAGGAGAAAAGGACGGAAGGAGAAGAGGACGGAAGGAGAAAAGGACGGAAGGAGAAAAGGACGGAGGUCACGUGGUUGUCGUCGUGCUGCUCGUGAACCGGGCGGCUGCUUUUUAUGUUCUGGGAACCGGACUGGAUUCUCCUGAAGAGGACACGAGUGUUUCAUAACUGCGAGGAGAAGUGACCACCUCAUUUUUAAAAACUCUAAUCCUGGAGCGGAGCCUCUGUCGUCGGGAUGAACCACGAUGAAAACUCUUAAAAAGGAAAUAGCCACCACCGAGGGAACUACGGAACAAAAAAAACGGCCGAUGUAUUUCUGAUCGGUGACAGAAACUGGGAAGCGACAGAACUCCCGCCCCGGGCUUUGUUUUUCUAUUUCUCUGGGAGCGAUGGAAGGAAUCAGGCAGGACUGUGAACUGGUGGCGUACUGUUUGUACAUAUUCUAUACGUGUAUUUAAAAGUGUUUAAACGGCUAAAGCAAUUCAGUGGGUGUGAUGUUGCGUGUGAGGCGGAGCUGUGAGCGAAUGAGCACGUUGCAGAAGGUUCAGUUUUCCCAGAUUCAGUGCGUUUCAUCUCUUCUACCCACACGAGUGGCAGACGGGGUGUGAAUAGUCUUAUAUGUGCUUCUAGAGCUUCUGUAUAUUAGUUGGUGUUUAUCUGUGGGUUUACAUGCACUCCGACGUCCUGAGCUCCACCCUCGCCGUGGACUACGUUCCUGAGCUGGUGCAGGAAAACAUCGCUUUCUCUUUUCGGGAAAUCUGCUUCAGCAACCAGAAGAUGUUGGGUUUGUUGUUCUGAGGCGACGUCCCGAGCUCGGGUUCCAGGGUAAACCGAGAACAUUCACUGAACUCCCACAUUCAGAGAACUUCUCCGAGUCGAUUGUUCAAACGUUUACCGGGGCAGAGAUAAUCUCAUUGGUUGAGUUAAACGUAAGUGGGCGGGGCCAAAUGUUCCUAACCAAUAGUGUUUCUGAGUCAGAUAUUGAUCAUCAGAGUUCUGAUAACAAUAUAAUUAACAGUAUUCUCUUUUUCACUUUAAUAUGCUGCAGGAAACAUAAUGAAAUGUCAUUAUGAUAGAAUUUGUCAAUGUUGUCUACAUGACCUCAAACAUUAGUGUUUCUGUUUCCUUUUACUAAUAUUACUGAUAUGAAUUAAUACUGAUAUUAACUCAUAAUAUCAACCAGGGUCAAAUUACAGCCAUAGAAAUUAUUUGUGGAUAUUGGACGCUUGAAUUAUUUUGAACCUUAAAAUAAACAAAUCAAGUGAAAUCAUGUUUUGCCAUCACACCACAUUCAGUCUGACAGUCAAAUAUUAUAUCAUAUUUUGCAGCUAUAAAUUUUGUGGUAUUUCAAUUUUAAUUUUAAUAUUCAGACGUUGUCUUUUCACUUAUUCAUAAAGUUUAAAUGAAGUUGAAAUGCAGACGAUCGGUAGCUGACGUAAAUAAACUAGAAUAUUACUCCAAUAUUUGAUGUAGUUACACAGGACAUGUAUUUAUCUGUGAUAAUUCAUCCUAAUGGCCAGAAGCAUUAAAUUCAAUUGUCAUGAAAGAAUAAGAAAAUAUUUGACACUUACAAUCAGUAUUUGUACAUAAAUGAGAUAGAGAGUAGAGAUUAAAGUAGAUUCUGACCCUUUGUAAAUGUCACAUGUUUCACUGAGUUAGAUGUUAUUGAACCCUACAUAUAUUUUAAAUUAUUGAAAAACAAAGAACAAUCAACUUAAAAAAAAAAAUAUCUACACUAAACUUCAAAUAUAUUUUAAGAUUUAGAUCAAAUUUAUUUUGUGCAACCACUUAAUAUUAAAAUGUGAAAGUGUAGUAGAUUCUACAUCGUUCCUCACAUAUCGUCCAACUGUCGGUUGAAGGUCGGAGCACUGAGCCGCUGCAGCUGCAUCAGAGGUUUUAUCGUACACAGAUUUGUCUCUGAUCCGGCGAAUCGGAUGAAUUUAAAAACCACAACAGACAGAAAGUUGUUAAAAAUGCUUCAGAUUGUCUCAACUCUCCAGUGGAAAAGGUGACAGAUCAACGGGUCCAGUUACAGGAGGAUGAAAGAUGGACCAUUAGGGGUCGAGUUGUGCUUCUGUGGUGACAGUAGUUUAUAUAUUUUAUCCAGUGGUUGAUGAGGUUCCCAGUUGUGUGUAGAUGGUAAAUGAUGCUCAGUCCGACAGUGUGUGUAACUUAUACACAGUUCUGAACAAGCCAGUUGUGUGUUUGAGGUCUGAGGUCACAUCGUGUGACGGAGCGCCGACUUUUAGAACUUCUCCAACUUUGUGCUUUUCACAGAAACAACAUGAUGUUUCGCAGUGCGUGUUAUUUUUGUCAGCCGAGCGUGUGACCGAGUUCUACAGAUGACGAUGUAACUCGGUCGGUCCAAACUGAAAUAUCACAAGAUCUAUGGCCGUGAAGUUUUGUAGAAAUGUUGACGGGGCACAGAUGUGAAUGACUCCAGUACUUUUUUGUUCAUGAACAUUCCAGUGGACGUCUGUUAGUAUUGUUUGUUUAAUGUUUUCUUGCUCAAGGAGAAACAUGGUAAACUUGAAACCUGCUAAUCAUCAUAAUUUCCUGCUUUUAGCAUUAAUCUCAAAGAACAGAGCUGUUAACUGGCUCUCAACUCCGUUCAGGUUCAAACCUCCCCUGAAAAUAAUCAAAUAACGUUUUAAUAUCCUGCAAACACAAGAUAACUCCAGAAUAUGCUGACAGCAGGUCAUGUUAUUGAAAUAAAUUCAAAUUGUGUAAUUUGAAAGCUUGAAAUUGUAAAAAAAUCGUCAAAUGCUGCGUUGACCAAUCCGUCCGGCCUCCAGCCGCCUGGAGUCCUCGAGCUGCAGAGUCUGAAUCGAUUUCUCUGAGCGGACAGUUUGUACCAGAUGUGUAUCCAGGCAACAAGGAGGUUCCCGUCGUUCUUUGCAUGUCUGUGUUUCCUCCAGGUUCCUCUGGCCUCCUCCCACAGUCCCACAUGCAGACUGGGGUCCGGCUGAGUGGAUGUUGAACCUGUCCAGGUUGUUCAGCUCCAGCUGGGGAGCUCACCUGGUCGCCUGUAUACUAGGAUGAUAGAGGGAUAGGUUUGUCUUGACGAUGUUAUCGUGUUUUGAAAUGGACGAGGAGGAGCGACUCCGUAAAAAGCUUCAUGUCUUUAAGACUGAAACCCGUAGUUUUUCUCUGUACUUGUUCAGAACUCGCAGUGUGUGUGGUGUCGUCCGGUCGGAUGGAAACGAGGGUUUUCGAGAGGGAGAGAACGUUUUUAAAGGAAUGAAAAUCAGCCAUCAGUAUUUUUAUUACUUCUGUUACAGUUUUAUCUCUUUUAAACCAAUGUGAGCUGUAUAGUUGCUGUUUCAUAACCAAAUCAAGCGGUGGUCACUCUGGGUUUAAGAUCUGAGCUCAGUGAUCCCUCUGCCGCGUUAUGGUGACCUUAGUUAGUUAACUUGCUGCUUUUGCCUUUUUCGAAGCCUUCGGACGCGCGCGUGUGUAGCUGUCGCUGACCGUCACAGUUGUGAUCCAUCGCUCAUAGCUGCAUAAAACACAAAAUGAGGGUGUCGCGUGUUUAAGGAGCUUCCCGGUGAUUACAGACAGACGACUGACAGAUUGUAGCACUGCAGCAGUUCACUGCUACAGACUGAAGACAGGUCGAUGCCUGUGACACGUCCCCACCUCAUGUUUUAAUUAUUUAUUAAACUCCACUCUUUCCCUUGCUUUGCAUUCUGAGAGCUGUCUUUUCGAAGUGAGAGGGUUUAGUGCCUUGCUUAAGGGUUAAGGAUAAUGAUUGUCGUGAGGAGCCUGUCCACCGGGUUCCACUGUCAGCUCCUCAUUAGCCUCCUGGUCAGAAGGGCAUCGAGCUGAUUGGGUCUUUUCACCUGGUUGAAGCUCAGGGUGGAAGACGAACUGGACAGGACGCUCGUUCUGACCUGUGACCACUGGUGACCAGUCUCUGAACACGUCAGAGCCAGUAGAACAGACUCGUGUGACGUGUUACACAGCAACAUUUAAUAACCUGGAAAACUGGGAGAACGUUUCAAAAUGCAGAAAAUCACUAAAGGAAACAUGGAAUGUUUUUUUUAAUGAAUAUUGUUUGUUAGAAUUUUGCAUUUGCAUCAUUUUAUUAUACUCAAAUACCCAAAGUCCAUCUCAUUUAGGGAGUUUCAGUCUCGACCUCUUCAAACACUGAUGAAACCUGACUGAGCGGCGAGCUAAACGAAGGAAAACGGCGGGAGCGGCGCCGAACGCUGCGAGCGGGACAAUCUGACGCCGCGUGGGCCGAGCUUCGAGUUGGAAACAGAUUCUCCGCCUGGUUUUCUUCUUUGGUUGUUGCCGCCAUGUUUGUCUGAACCAAUACCUGUCUGUCUGUCAGCAUUAAUAAAAUAAACAUGUUGAACAAGAGGAAA